CGUUUAUCACCAAUUAUGAGAGAACCAACAUACGGUUUAGUUGUUACCAAAAACAUGGCUAUCAGGUAUCCUAUGGCCGUGGGCCUUAGUAAAGGCCACCCUGUAACCAAGAAUGUGACUGCACCGAAACAUGCACGUAGGCGAGGGCGUCUGACCAAGCACAGCAAGUUCGUGCGUGACAUGAUCCGUGAGGUGUGCGGCUUCGCCCCCUACGAGAGACGCGCCAUGGAGUUGCUGAAAGUUUCCAAGGACAAGCGUGCCCUCAAGUUCAUCAAGAAGAGGAUUGGAACUCACAUCCGCGCCAAGAGAAAGAGGGAAGAGCUCAGCAAUGUUCUGGCUGCCAUGAGGAAAGCCGCUGCCAAGAAGGAUUAGGCGGUUCUUGCUAAUAAAUAUUUGUAUUUCAAAAAUG